ACGUUCCCUCUCUCCUCAGCCACUCACCAUGGCCUCCCUCUUCUCAUCACAGUCCCCCUCCCGCCCCCUCGUCCUCAACUCCCCCGCCGCCAGGGUCUCCGUCCACGUCCCCGCCUCCCCCCUCUCAGCCUGGGUCACCUCCCAGGUCCUCGCCCAGGACUUUCAGGACGCCAUCGCCAACGACGACGAGCCCGUCCCAGAAGUCGAAGAUGAGGAAGGCGUGCCCAAGGCCCCUUCCCAGGAGCCCCAGAUCAAGCUCCUCGCCAAGUUCUUGAACUUUGUCGCCGACCGUGUCGCACAGGACGCCUCAGAAGAGCUCGCCCAGGUCCUCUUUGCUGCUUACUCUCGGUUCAACGAGCUCUUCCUCGCGUCUAUCAACGUGCACUCUCUCGUCCAGUCUUUCGACCCCGAGACAAGAGCAGAGAUCUUGAAGGCGUAUUUCAAGGCGUUCGCGGCUGCCAGAGAGCAGUUGGGUGACAAGGUCCAGAUCGCCCACCCCUCGUCGUUGCUGGAAGCCGCCAAGGCCGGCAAGACCGAGCUCUAUGCUCUGUUCGGUGGACAGGGUGUCAACGAGCACUACUUUAACGAGCUCGCCCUGUUGUACGACACUUACACUCCUUUCGUCGCUCCCGUCAUCUCUGAAGUCACCGACCUCUUGAUCUCUCUCGGCCACAAGGCCGGCCAGGACGGCUACACCUAUUACUCUUCAGGGCUCGACGUCCUCUCAUGGCUUGACGGCUCUGCUCCCCGACCCAGCGUCGAGUACCUCGGUUCCAUCCCCCUCUCCAUGCCCCUCAUCGGUGUCACUCAACUCGCGCAAUACGUCGUCUCUUGCCGUGUCGCCGACCUCUCUCCCGCCGACAUGCGAGAUAUCUUCAAGGGCGCUACCGGUCACUCUCAGGGUGUCAUCUCUGCCGUCGCUGUCGCGUCGUCCAACAGCUGGUCCAGCUUGUACGAAAACAUCCUCAAGGCUGUCAAGCAGCUCUUCUACAUUGGUCUCCGAGGCCAGGAAGGGUUCCCUCUCUUGUCUUUGGACCCCAAGAUCGUGUCCGACUCUGUCGAGAACAACGAGGGUGUCCCCUCUCCUAUGCUGAGCGUCAACGGUCUCGGCGUCAAGGCCCUCGAAGGCCACAUCAAAAAGGUCAACUCUCACCUUCCUUCCAACUCUCAAAUCGGCAUCUCUCUGCACAAUGGUCCCACCAAUUUUGUCGCGACUGGUCCCGCCAAGGCCCUCUACGGUCUUGCCGCUGCUUUGAGAAAGGUCAUGGCUCCUUCUGGGCUUGACCAGAGCAAGGUCCCCUUCAGCAAGAGGAAGGCCGUGUUCACCAUGAGGUUCUUGCCCGUCAACGUGCCUUACCACAGCCACUACCUUGAGGGUGCUACCCAAAAGGUCGAGAAGGAUUUGGGAGAGGAGCUCUGGUCGACCAGUGCUUUGGGCAUGCCCAUCUACCACACCGAGGAUGGUUCCGACCUCCGAUCCGCCGCCUCCCUCACAUUCUCCCUCUGUGACCAGAUCUUCACCAAGCCCAUCCACUGGGUCAAGGCCUGCAACUUCCCUCCCACCGCUACCCACGCCAUCGACUUUGGUCCCGGAGGCAAUAGCGGUAUCGGACCUCUUACCAGCCGAGUCCUUGAAGGUCGAGGUGUGCGAGUCGUCAUUGUUGGCGAAAAGGGCAAGGCUGCUGCCGAGUUUUACGACGCUUCCAACAUCAAGCGAGAGCCUGUCUGGGCCACCGAGUGGUCCCCCAAGCUUGUCAAGACCCUUGACGGGAAGGUUCACAUCGACACUCCCUUCUCCCGUUUGCUCGGCAAGCCCCCUAUCAUGGUUGCCGGUAUGACCCCUUCCACUGUUGGCGCCAACCUCGUUGCCGCUACCCUCGAUGCUGGCUACCACAUCGAGCUUGCUGGUGGUGGUCACUACAACGCCAAGGCUCUCCGAUCCAAGGUCGCCGAGAUCCAGAGGCGUGUCAAGCCCGGAGUUGGAAUCACUUUGAACGCCUUGUAUAUCAACCAGCGUCAGUUCUCCUUCCAGUUCCCUCUCUGGCAAGAGAUGCGCAAGGAAGGCCUUCCCAUCGAAGGUUUCUGUGUCGCCGCCGGUAUCCCUUCUUCCGAGAAGGCUACCGAGAUCAUCGCCGCCCUCAAGGACGCUGGUAUCAAGCACAUCUCCUUCAAGCCUGGAAGUGUAGAGGGUUUGAGGCAGGUUGUCAACAUUGCCGCUGCCAACCCCGACUACCCCAUCAUCCUCCAGUGGACCGGCGGUCGUGCUGGUGGUCACCACUCUUGUGAAGACUUCCACCAGCCCAUCAUUGCUACCUACCCUUCCAUUAGGCAGAACCCCAACAUUUCUUUGAUUGCUGGUUCCGGUUUCGGUGGCGCCGACGAUGUCUGGCCCUACAUCUCUGGUGAAUGGUCCGUCAAGAUGUUUGGUCUCCAGCCCAUGCCUUUCGACGGUGUCCUCUAUGCUUCCCGAGUCAUGGUCGCCAAGGAGGCCGACACCUCUGCUUCCGUCAAGCAGCUCAUCGUCGACUGCCCCGGUGUCGACGACGCCGCCUGGGAAGGCACCUACGACAAGCCCACCGGUGGUAUCCUCACCGUCCGUUCCGAGCUCGGCGAGCCUAUUCACAAGGUCGCUACCCGAGGUGUCAAGCUCUGGCGAGAGUUUGACGACACUGUCUUUGCCCUGCCUAGGGAGAAGCGUGCUGCUUGGCUCGAGAACAAGCGAGACUAUGUCAUUGACAGACUCAACAAGGACUUCAACAAGCCUUGGUUUGGCGAGAAGGCCGAUGGUACCGUCACUGCCGAUAUCGGUAAAAUGACCUACGAGGAGAUCACCAGGAGGAUGGUCAGGUUGAUGUACGUCGACAAGCAGGACAGGUGGAUCGACGUCUCUCUCCGAAACCUCGUCGGUGACUGGUUGAGGCGUGUCGAAGAAAGGUUUGCCGGUGUUGACGGCAUUCGAACCAAGGAGUCUCUCCUUCAAUCCUUCUCUUCCCUCGACAAGCCCCUCCCCACUAUCGACUCUUUCUUCAAGUCUUACCCCCGAGCUCAGUCUCAACUCGUCGCCGCCGAGGACAAGGCCUUCUUCCUUGCCAUCUGCCAGCGACCCGGCCAGAAGCCCGUGCCUUUCAUCCCCAUCCUCGACAGCAGCUUUGAGGUCUGGUUUAAGAAGGACUCUCUUUGGGCCGCUGAGGACAUUGACGCCGUCUUUGACCAGGACCCCCAGAGGGUCUGUAUCCUCCAGGGUCCUAUGGCUGUGAAGCAGUCCAACGUCGUUGACGAGCCCAUCAAGGACUUGCUCGGCAACAUUGAGGACCUCCUUGCCAAGAAGAUUCUCAACGAGUACUACGGUGGCGAUGAGAGCAAGAUCCCUGCCAUCGACUACAUUGGCGCCAAGCCCGGAAACCCCAAGACUGGCCUCUUUGCCGAGACCGUCUCUGGUAAUGUCCGAACUUUCAAGAUCGGCAAGGCUGUUCCUUCUGUCGACGACUUCCUCGAGGUCAUUGCUGGCCCCAACGUCAGCUGGCUCCGAGCUGCUUUGACUUCUGUCAACGUUGUUCACGGUACUGGAUACAUCUCCAACCCCUUCCGAAGGGUCUUUACUCCCCGCACUGGUCAGACUGUGGAGAUCAAGUCUGUUGCCGGACAGGCCACUUCUGUGACCGUCUACGGCGCUGCCAGGUCUUUCGGUCCUCACCCCGCCGACUUCAAGGCCGUCGAACUCACCUUUGACCCCAAGACCAACGCUAUCGACCUGGUCUUGAACGAGGAGCGUCGAGGCUCUACUGUGCCCCUCAAGUUCAACUUUGCCUACCACCCCGAGCAGGGUUACGCCCCCAUCCACGAGGUCGUCAACGGCCGUACCAAGGCCAUCAAAGACUUCUACUGGCGCUUGUGGUUCGGUGACAAUGAGCAGCUUCCUGCUCUCAAGCUGGACACCACUUUCACUUGUCCCGAGGUGGCGGUCGACGCGACCGAGGUGCAAAAGUUCUGUGACGUUGUUGGCAACCAGGGCGAGGCCUUUACUGUUGCCAGGAAUGAAAAGAUUCAGGCGCCUAUGGACUUUGCCAUCGUUAUGGGCUGGCAAUCUGUCAUGAAGGCCAUCUUCCCCGAUGACAUUGACGGUGACCUUCUCAAGCUCGUCCACCUUUCCAACGGCUUCCGCGUCAUGGAGGGUGUCGCUCCUCUCCGAGCUGGCGAUGUCUGCUCCGCCGAGGCCCGUGUCGUCUCUGUCAUCAACUCUGACAGCGGCAAGACUGUCAAGGUCAAGGGUUACGUCCUCCGAGCUGGCGAGCCCGUCAUUGAGAUCUCCUCCUCCUUCCUCUACCGAGGCAAGUUUGUCGACUACGAGAACACCUUUGAGACUGCCGACGAGUCCGACUACGUCGUUGAGCUCACCAAGGCCAACUCUGUCGGUAUCCUCCAGGCCAAGCCUUGGUUCGAGUGGGACGACGACUCUGUGCCCCUCGACGUUGGCACUACUCUUACUUUCAAGACCAAGUCCGAGUUGAGGUACAGGGACAAGACCACCUUCAGUGCCGUCAAGGUCACUGGUGCCGCCUUCAUCCGAGACAGCACCAAGGCGCUCAUCCAGGUUGCCACUAUCGACUACGAGGCCCACAACUUGCACGGAAACCCCGUCUUGGAGUACCUCAAGCGACACGGCCAGGCCAUUGGCAACCCUGUUGCUCUCGAGACUGGCUACUCUCUCAUUGAAGACCCCACCACUGCUGUCUUCACCACACCCGCCACCAACGAGCCUUACUCCAAGAUCUCUGGUGAUUUCAACCCCAUCCACGUCAACCCUUACUUUGCCAACCUCGCCUCUUUGCCCGGUACCAUUACCCACGGCAUGUGGUCCAGUGCUGCUACCCGAAAGUACAUCGAGAGCGUCGUCGCCAACAACCACCCCGAGCGAGUCAUCUCUUACGACGUCAACUUUGUCGGUAUGGUUUUGCCUGGUGAUGACAUCCAGGUCAAGCUUACCCACACUGCUAUGAGGGACGGCAAGAAGGUGAUCAAGGUCGAGUCCUUCAACCAGCGAGGCGAGAAGGUCAUCGACGGUACCUCUGAGGUUCUCCAACCCCCUACCACCUACGUCUUCACCGGACAAGGUUCUCAGGAGGUUGGUAUGGGUAUGGAGCUGUACGCCAGCUCUGAGGUCGCCCGUGCCGUUUGGGACGCUGCCGACGCGCACUUGACUUCCACCUACGGUUUCUCCAUUGUUGACAUUGUCAAGAACAACCCCAAGGAGCUCACCAUCCACUUUGGUGGUAUCAAGGGUCAGGCUAUCAGGCAGAGGUACAUGGACCUCACCUACGACACCAUCGACGAGAGCGGCGCGGUCAAGACUUUGCCCUUGUUCGGUGACAUUGACCUCUACACCACCUCUUACACCUUCUCUCACCCUCAGGGUCUUCUGUUCGCUACUCAGUACACUCAGAUCGCGCUUGUCGUGACUGAAAAGGCCGCCUUCGACGACAUGAAGGCCAAGGGUCUUAUCGACCAGAACGCUUCUUUCGCUGGUCACUCUCUCGGUGAAUACUCUGCUCUUGCCGCUAUUGCCGACGUUCUCCCCAUCUCCUCCCUCGCCGAUGUCGUGUUCUUCCGAGGUAUCACCAUGCAGCGUGCUGUCAAGCGUGAUGCCGAAGGCAAGUCUCAGUACGCCAUGAUGGCUGCCAACCCCUCUCGAGUUGGCAAGUCCUUCAACGAGAUGGCUUUGCGAGAGAUUGUCGACACCAUCAGCAAGCAAAAGUCUACUCUCUUGCAGAUCGUCAACUUGAACGUCGCCAACCAGCAGUACGUUUGUGCUGGUGAACUCCGAGCUCUUGCUGCUCUGACCAACGUACUCAACAUGCUCAAGGUGCAGAAACUCGACCUGGAGAAGCUCAGCACGAUGAUGAGCGUCGAGGAGCUCAAGGAGAAGUUGGCCGAGAUCAUUGACGGCUGCUGGGAGUUGAUGGAGGAGAAGGAGAAGAAGGACGGUUCCGUCAUCCUCGACCGAGGUUUCGCUACCAUCCCCUUGCCCGGUAUCGACGUUCCCUUCCACUCUAGGUACUUGUGGCCCGGAGUGAUGUCCUUCAGGAACUACCUCGUCAAGAAGAUCGAUCCUUCUCAACUCAACCCCGACAAGUUGAUCGGCAAGUACAUCCCGAACUUGAUCGCCGAGCCUUUCGAGGUCACCAAGGCUUACGUCCAGAAGAUCUUUGAUGAGACCGCGUCCCCUCGAAUGUCGUCUGUCAUCGAGAACUGGGAGAAGGAUGCUUGGGACUCGGCUGCUCAGAGGCAGAAGUUGGCUUACAACAUCUUGACCGAGUGUCUUGCUUACCAAUUCGCUUCCCCUGUGCGAUGGAUUGAGACCCAGGACGUCUUGUUCACCCAGGCCAAGUUUGAGAGGUUGAUUGAAGUUGGUCCUAGCCCUGUCCUUUCUGGUAUGGCUACUCGAACUCUCAAGGCCAAGUACGAGGCUCAAGAUGGUGCCACAUCUCUUGACCGUGCCAUCUUGUGUCACGCCAAGAACUACAAGGAGGUCUACUACGCCUUUGAAGAUGAGGCUGAGGAAGCUCCCGCCCCUGCCGCCGGUAGCUCUGCCCCUGCUCCCGCUGCCGCUGCCGCUCCUGUGGCCGCUGCUCCUGCGCCCGUGGCUGCUUCUGCUGGCCCCGCUGCCGCCGUCGAGGACGCCCCUCCCAAGGCCGUCGACACUGUCCGAGUAAUUGUCGCUCAGAAGCUUAAGAAGCAGGCUAGCGAGAUCCCUCUCAGCAAGUCCCUCAAGGAGCUCUCUGGUGGCAAGUCUACCCUCCAGAACGAGAUUCUCGGUGACUUGCAAGUCGAGUUUGCUUCUGCGCCUGAAAAGGGUGAGGACCUUCCUCUCGACGAGCUUGGUGCUGCUCUUGGUGUCGGCUACUCUGCCCUCGGCAAGCACUCUAUGUCUCUUACCAACCGUAUGAUCGCUUCCAAGUUCCCCGGUGGUUUCAACAUUACUGCUGCCCGAGGACACCUCAACAAGCAAUGGGGUUUGGGUCCUCUCCGAACCGACGCCGCCUUGUUCUUUGGUAUCGUCAGCGAGCCCCCUAAGCGACUCGGGUCCGAGGCUGAGGCCAAGGCGUUCCUCGAUACCCUUGCCCAGAGCUACGCUAGCUACAGUGGUAUCACGUUGUCUUCUGGUGCUGCUGCUGGCGGCGCUGGUGGCGCCGCGGGUGGUGGUGCGGUCAUGAACUCGGAGGAGUUUGACAAGUUUGUCUUGAAGCAGGAGGAGCAGGCUCAACGAGAGAUCGAGUUGUUGUCCAGAUACUUGGGCAAGGAUGUUCGAGCUGGCGAGAAGAAGGCCGACUUGGAGAAGGCUUCUGUCGAAGAACUCCAGGCCAAGAUUGACGCUAUCAAGCUUGAGCACGGUGAUGCUUACCUCGACGGUAUCUCUCCUGUCUUCUCGGCGCUCAAGGCGAGGACCUUUGACUCUUCAUGGAACUGGGUGCGACAAUCAUCCAUCCAAUUGUUCUACGACAUCAUCCAUGGUGAACUGGACCCCAGUACCGUGUUCAACGAUCCUCCGUGAGUACAGCUCGACAAUCGAUUGAGUUCUGUUGCUGAUUUUUACCAGGCGUUACCGUCCCAGCGCCUAGUGUGGUAGAGAAACAGGAAGCUUAUAGUAGUAGUGGAGUAGUGGUUCAGCAGACAAUAGAAUAGAAGGGUUUCAGGUUCUUACUCAUGACGAGCUACGGCUCAUGUUCUUUUUCUUAUCAUAUUUCUCCUUUUAUGUCGCAUAGAUAUCUUUCCCUAGUUCACAGUGUACAGCAACGAUGCAGGUCAAUCAGCAGAUUCCAGAAUAAAUG